AGGGAAAGCGUCGUGUUGUUCGGCGACUCGCUCACCGAACGAUCGUUCGAGGACGGUGGGUUCGGGGCGCGAGUGCAGCACGAAUUUCGGAGAUUUGCGGACGUGCGAUGCCGAGGGUACAGUGGGUACAACACCGAACACGCGCUGUGCUUGCUCGAUGAGGUGUUUCCGUUGAACGAAGACGUGGACGACGACGGGGCGUUCGCGACGUACAAGCGGGCGCCGGUUUUGGUGACGAUACUGUUCGGAUCCAACGACGCGUGCGCCAAGAACUCGUCCGCGGGUGACGUGCAGCAUGUCCCGCUACCGCGAUACGAACAAAACCUGAAAACGAUCGUCGAGCGCGUGCGACGAAUGCAACCGUCGCCGAGAAUUUUAUUCAUCACGCCGCCGCCCGUAGACGACGAAGCGUGGCUUCGAGACUGCGCGACGCGCGCGGCGCAGCCUGGAUUGGGAUUUGGGUCGUUGCUCAACGAUACAGCGCCGAACAGAACCAACGCCGGCGUCAAGCCAUACGCCGAGGCGAUGAAGCGCGUCGCGCGCUUCUACGACAUUCCCGUCGUCGACUUGCACGCCGCGCUAGAGUUUUCAAACGGCGAAGUCGACGAGACGCAAUUCUGCGACGGUUUGCACUUUAGCGAGGCCGGCCAGCGCCAGGUCGCGUCGCUCGUCAUCGAUGCCUUGCGCCAA